UCGGUUACUCGCGGGGCUGGAGGUGGGGGCCGGGCUCCUAUUGGGCUCGUGCGUCCUGCGCCCGCCGCGGCGGUGUCCAGCCCGCUGCUCCUGAUUGUCCUCUGCGGCGGCGGUCGCUGCCUCCUUUCCUCCCCGGCCCGGGGCUGCAAGGGCCAGAGCGAGAGCACCUCCCCGCGGACCCCGGCUGCCCCCAGAGCAGGUGCAUAAACUGAAAGCCCUGGACAUGAAAGCAUUCCACCCCAGUCACUUGACUCUUUAUUUUAUACCCUGUGAUGGAUUUAAUCCAAGAUCUGGAAACUGCUCAUAAGAUACAUAAAUCUUGUUAGACACGUGGCCUGAGGCCAUUGGACUGGAACUCCCUGCAGCUUUCUGAGGCCCUGGAGGCGGCAUCCUGGCCUGCACCCGUCACCAUGCCGGCCUUGUCAACAGGAUCUGGUGGUGACACAGGUCUGUAUGAGCUGUUGACUGCUCUGCCAGCCCAGCUGCAGCCACAUGUAGAUAGCCAGGAAGACCUGACCUUCCUCUGGGAUAUGUUUGGUGAAAAAAGCCUGCAUUCACUGGUAAAGAUUCAUGAAAAACUGCACUACUACGAGAAGCAGAGCCCUGUGCCCAUUCUCCCUGGCGCGGCGGCUUUGGCCAGUGACCUGGCCGAAGAGCUUCAGAACAAGCCGUUAAACAGCGAGAUCAGGGAGCUGUUGAAACUACUGUCCAAGCCCAAUGUGAAGGCUUUGCUCUCUGUACAUGACACUGUGGCUCAGAAGAAUUACGACCCCGUGUUGCCGCCUAUGCCUGAAGAUAUUGACGAUGAGGAAGACUCAGUCAAAAUAAUUCGUCUGGUUAAAAAUAGAGAACCACUGGGAGCUACCAUUAAAAAGGAUGAGCAGACUGGCGCCAUUGUUGUGGCUAGAAUCAUGAGAGGGGGAGCUGCAGACAGAAGUGGCCUUAUUCAUGUUGGUGAUGAACUCAGGGAAGUGAAUGGGAUACCAGUUGAGGAUAAAAGGCCGGAGGAAAUAAUACAGAUUUUGGCUCAGUCCCAGGGAGCAAUUACAUUUAAGAUUAUACCCAGCAUCAAAGAAGAAUCACCGCCUAAAGAAGGCAAGAUGUUUAUCAAAGCUCUCUUUGACUACGAUCCUAAUGAAGAUAAGGCAAUUCCGUGUAAGGAAGCUGGGCUUUCUUUCAGAAAGGGAGAUAUUCUUCAGAUCAUGAGCCAAGAUGACGCAGCAUGGUGGCAAGCAAAGCAUGAAGGGGAUGCCAACCCCAGGGCGGGCUUGAUUCCCUCAAAGCAUUUCCAGGAAAGGAGAUUGGCUCUGAGACGACCAGAAAUAUUGGUUCAGCCCCUGAAAGGUUCCAACAGGAAAUCAUCUGGUUUUAGGAGAAGUUUUCGUCUCAGUAGAAGAGAUAAGAAAACAAAUAAAUCCAUGUAUGAAUGCAGGAAGAGCGAUCAGUAUGACACCGCAGACGUCCCCACCUAUGAAGAAGUGACACCGUAUCGGCGGCAGAGUAAUGAGAAAUACAGGCUUGUUGUCUUGGUUGGUCCGGUAGGAGUAGGGCUGAAUGAACUGAAACGAAAACUGCUGAUCAGUGAUACCCAGCACUACGGUGUGACCGUGCCCCAUACCACCAGAGCAAGAAGAAGCCAGGAGAGUGACGGCGUGGAGUACAUUUUCAUCUCCAAGCAUUUGUUCGAGACAGAUGUACAAAAUAACAAGUUCAUUGAAUACGGUGAAUAUAAAAAUAACUACUACGGCACAAGUAUAGACUCGGUUCGCUCCGUCCUUGCAAAAAACAAAGUCUGCUUAUUGGAUGUCCAGCCUCAUACAGUCAAGCAUUUAAGGACACUAGAAUUUAAGCCCUAUGUGAUAUUUAUAAAGCCUCCAUCAAUAGAGCGUUUGAGAGAGACAAGAAAAAAUGCAAAGAUUAUAUCAAGCAGAGAUGACCAGGGUGCCGCCAAGCCCUUUACAGAAGAAGACUUUCAAGAAAUGAUUAAAUCUGCACAAAUAAUGGAAAGUCAAUAUGGCCACCUUUUUGACAAAAUUAUCAUAAAUGAUGAUCUCACCAUGGCGUUCAAUGAACUAAAGACAACUUUUGACAAAUUAGAGACAGAAGCCCAUUGGGUACCAGUGAGCUGGUUACAUUCAUAACUAAGGGAAAUGUCCACAUCAUCUUUUUUUUUUUUUAUAAAGUGCAUGAUUAAAUCAGUUACCAUUUUGGUGGUAGGGUUUAUAAAUCUGUAUCACUGUCAUCGGUGUGUAAUCUUGGUUAACAUUGAAUGCCGCUUUUGUUCGUAUCUUUUUACAGCCUUAUUUCAAACACAGUGGGCGAGUAUAAGAUCCAGAAUCAAAAUUUGCACAGUACUGUAUUGUCAGCAAAACUUUGAACCUUCUAGUUGUCUUUAAUGUAGCUCUGUCUCCAAGACGUGACUGGAUUGUUCAAAGAGACAUGGAGACUUCGUGCUCCUCCUGUGCUCAGACCUGGACACUGCCAUUAAGUGUGUGUGCUGGCAGUUGGUUGGCAUCAGCUUAGCAACCUGGGGAAGGGCAGCUUUGCUGCUUCCAAGUGGAUGGAUCAUCACAGGUUUACCUGGGCUGAGAGAAAGAGUCUUCUUGCUGUUCAGAAAGUACAAACUUUUUCUUAUAGAUCCCCAACAUGUUCUCAGUUGUAUGCAUUUUAAAAAUCUUUCUUAAAGGAAUAACUGAAAAUUUACCUUGAAUGAAUUUUCACAUUAUAGGUUGAGAAUGUCUUAUGAGUAUGUGUCAGCAUCUCAGCAAAUAUUUAAUAAGAGAACACAGACUUUAUUUUUUUUUCAGACACUGAUUUUUUAUUAGAAAUAUUUGAUCUGUUUAGAAAUUUCAUAAAAGUUUCAUUUGAAGUAAUUCACAUAUCCCAAGUAUUUCCAAUAUACUUAAGCAGAGAAAACAGAUUUUAAAAAAUUAUUAUAUAUAACUCAAAACCUUUCCUUAUGGCAUUAAUCUUAGUAAGAAUGGUAGUGUUCUGGGGCAAGAAACGAUUACAAAGAACGUUUGUAUUUGUAAAUUUUCAGAAUACAGUUCUGGAGUCACAAAAAAAGGUUUUUUUUAGACAGAUUUGGAUUUUCCCAACAUAUUAUAAGAAUAUGAUUCCUAUUCUAAAAACUUACACAUGUUCAUAUAUUACUGAUACUAUUAAAGAAAAUGUAAUUUUUUUAAUAUGUGCAAUUUAUCACAUCUUUUUUUUUUUAAUUUUGUUGGGGAUUUAUUGAGGGUACAAGAAACCAGGUUAUACUGAUUGCAUUUGUUAGGCAAAGUCCCUCUUGCAAUAGUGUCUUGCCCCCCCCCUUUUUUUUGUGUGUGUGUGUGUGUUUAUGACCGUUUGACUCUGUUGCCCUGGGUAAAGUGCUAUGGCAUCAUCAUAGCUAACUGCAAACCUCCAACUUCUGGGCUCAAGCCUCGAGCAAUCUGCCUGCCUCAGCCUCCCAGGUAGCUGGGACUACAGGUGCACACCAUCACACCCAGCUAAUUUUUCUGUUUUUAGUAGAGACAGGGCUUUGCUCUUACUGAGGCUGUUCUCAGUCUCCUGGACAUAAGCAAUCCUUUGACUUUGGCCUCCCAGAGUGCUAGGAUUACAGGCAUGAACCACCACACCUGGCCUCAUCACCAUAUCUUUAAAUUUGCACAAGAAGCUUUUUAGGUCGAUUAUGUCGUGUUAAUUUACUUUUUUGUCAUCAAAAUGAUUCUUAACACUUUCCAGGUUCCAUUCAAACUUUGCCAGUGUUAAAGAAGUUUAAGAAAGACUCGCAUAUUGUAAAUAUUUAGAUGGGAUCUCUCAUUUUCUUUGAUACUACUGAUCUCUAAUGAGUGGAUUAUAAUAUAUA